GAUUCGAAAUCUACUAUGACCUGGACCUUUGAAAGGUGUUACUAGUGCAAAUAUUAACAUAAACGCGUCUAAACUUGAUCAUAAGGCCAGAGAACAUUUAUUAAAGAUAUAUUUGAGUAAUACCUAGGAGCAUUUUUGAACUCUAAUAGCGAACUGUAAACCUUCGCUGUCCGGAAUUAGUUUGUGUUUUCGACAUCCAGGGUUGUAUUAACCUUUGUUUGGUUGCAUCAGAGGUAAGCGAUAGAGACGUGAAUUGAGCUCCUUUUCCUUGAAAGGAAUCUACAUUGGGGUGAAAACAUAGACAACAGUUUUAUUAGGAGAAAUCAUCCAAAACAAUCCUAACCAUGGACUUGUUGUCGGCAAUAAAUCAGCACACCAAUAACCACCACAACGAAGCGCGAAAGGCCAACAUAUCCUUCGUACUUCAUAGCUUUUGUGCGUUGGGAUGCUCUGCGUUUGUCGUUUUUGUUGCUCCUUGUGGCUACUCGUAUGAAGACCAGGUAAAGGCAGGGUCUUUUGCUUCUUUUGGAUUGUGCGCGGCGUUUGUAAUAUUGGAAGUUGUCAUAAUUGUUAUGUUUAUACGUGCGUUGCAUGCACUGUACCACUAUCGUUUUAAUUCAAAGACGCCUUAUUCAUCAGCAAGCUCACGCCUGAUUAAUUUUAUAGGUAUAUUCAAAUGCCUUUGUUUGACGAACUGUCUGCAGCAUGUUUUUAGGCUCUAUGGGUUGUACGUAAUGGCCGUAAUGACAUUAUGUGUGGGGCUUUCUAGACUUCCUUUUGCAUUGUAUCUUGUUUUGCAAUACAUGGAGGUAGUGCUGUUUGUUCUCUACUCUCUUAAGUCUAACACUAAUGCCACUCUUGUGAGAGCACUGGUUUAGUAAUUGAGCCUUUUGUCCUAAUCAAAAGUGACUUAUAUGUGUGUAUGUGUGUGUAUAUAUAUGCA